AUGGAAAAGGGGCUUAUCAAAGGCCACAGAGUAAAUGAAAAUCUGGUAUUUAGGGUGCUGAAACCAAGCCACAUUAACUAUGACUUCACCAUCAGACCUGCCAAGAACUUUGGAGGAACCUUUAAUUUCGUUUACAAUGGAAUUCAACUUGUGGCUGCUGAUCCGAUAGAGGCAUGCGGAGAGAUUCAAAAUGCAGAUGAAGUCAGAGGAGCCGUUGCUCUAGUAAAACGAGGGGAGUGUUCAUUUUUAUCCAAAAGCAUUGUCGCUGACCGGGCCGGUGCAUUGAUGGUGAUUAUCUUUGAUUAUGACAAGAAAAAUGAUAACAGAUUCAUUGAUAUGAUUGACGAUGAUACAAGACGUCCGACUACUAUUCCGACAGCGUUCAUGCAGGGAAGAGAUGGAUUUUGGCUUGAGCAAUACCUCACAGUAGACAAAGAAAUCAUAGAGAUAGCCAUUCCAGUCAACACAACUGGCAUUCCAUACUCUCAUCUUCACAGGCCACCGUGGACGCUCUGGUAGCAAGAAACAUCUGAUCGCUUCCAAAAUAUGGGCUUUCAACCAAAAGAUUCCUUAAUCAGAAAUUUAUAUGAACUUUUUAAAAAUGAGUUGGUGAGUGGUGGAAUAUGUCUAUGCAUUAACAGGACACCAACAUGUGACAGAAUGUGUGGAAAGAGAGAUUAGAAGAAGAAAUAAACUCUAGAUGUGCGUUGUUUUGAAAUGUAAUUUCAUUACACAACCAGUUGUUUUAACUGGUACAGUAUGUGUUCAUUAUAAGAUGACAUGUGGGUUAGUUUUGUUAAAGUUUGGGGGUUCCAGGUUGGUUUUAAGGCAUCAUGAACCUUUCUUUCCUGUACAUGCUUCAGACAUUAAAUACAAAUUAGUAGACCAGAUGUGAUGGGAAAUGCCUGUAGAAAUUAUCAGACAAGUAUUAGGCAUCCUUUAUGUGUUCAUGAUCAAUCCUUCACUGUAUAUUGAAUUGCAUCAUUGUUUUAGAAUUUAUUCUUACACAAUAAAAAAAAGCCCUCAUAGUCAUGAUAGACAUUUUAAAUUUGUUAAUUCAGUAUUAGAAUUUCAAUGAUUGGUAUUCUCAUAGCAUAGAUUAGCGAGUUACGCUUAGGUUGACUUAGGCCCCCCCCGAAAAAAAAAAAUUGGAUAGCCAGUUGCUAACUCCGUCACCAAUUGCAGAUUAUUUUCAUACUUCAUUUUGUAUAUUCAUUCUGUUGUGAAAUGAAAAGAAAUGAUAUGAAUAUACAAUGUAUAAUGACUUCUUUCUUACACUCUCCUUUUCAUUAAUGUUGAAUUAGAAGGAUGGAGUAGCAUUCCGGAGAAGUAUUAAACCGAGGGUUGAUUAAGAGAAUACCACAUACUAUAUUUCCUUUGAGCUGUAAAUGUGCAAUAUUUUGAAAUGUAUUUGAGUGACUAUUCAUAAAUCCAACAAAGAUGAAGUGAAAGCAAAUUAUGAUGACAUCUUUAUAAAAUUCAAAAAGGAAAAGUAAGAAUAAAUUCAUGAAUAUAUGAAAUAUCAAUUGGCUCACCAGUAUAAUGUCUCAUGAAACGUAUCAUCAAUUCUAAGAGCCUUAAUCUGAAUUAUCAUUUUACUUCAAACACUAUCUCAAUUUGUAUUUUUUUAUAAUGGUACUCACUAGUUUUUAGACCAUUGAACAGGCUGUUAUCAAGAAUCCUCCGGGGGGGGGGGGGGGGGGGGAGAAAAUCGCUUUAAUUUUUUGGUCUAAUUUUGAUGAUUCUACAGCUUGCCAAUUUUGUUUAGUUACAAGAUUUUUUGACAUCAAAGGGUGAUGUUUUCAUUAUUCAAUUCAUGUUAUGAAUUUGAGAUGAGAACAGAAUAUUAAUUUAGAUUGAUUAAUUACCUCUUUUAUUUCUGAAUUCCAUGACUGCUGUUAACUUGAUACAGGGAGUAUCCAGCCAGGAAGAAAGUAAUUUUCUUAAAAUUUUAUUCAUCCUCUAUUAACUUAUCUGUUUAUUAAUUAUUCAUACAGGUUGAAUACAUGGUAGGAUGACUGGCUUAUUAUUAACCUGUUGUGUAAGAUGUUGUUUCUAAUAACAGUUAUGAUAAUGAUAUUUAGUUCUCCUGUAAAAGCGCUCGUGUCUCUCUGAUCAGACACUCCUGUCGCUUCACAGUUAUAACUCUGGCUAUAGCAGAGGUGCCAACAUGCACCUCAGCAUUUCAAGAAAUAAGUUCCUGCCAUGUUCCCAUACCUCACCUGGUUGGAGUGUGGCCAGUGUACAUCAAUGUCUUAGCAGUGAAGUCAUUAGAGUGUAAUUGGUGGAUAAGAUGCCGCAAAUUCUGUUAUUUAACAGCUUGGAUAACUUGGACAAUUCCAGGAUGACAUCUGAAACCAGGGACCCCUUGUAACAUGAAGAUCGUGAUUGUUCGUAAAACUGAUUCCUAUAAUCGAUUGCAUUAAUUAUUGUAUGUGAUCAGUCCUAAUUUUCAGCCACCAGAUCAGCCACUAAGGUUUAUGUUUAGGGGGCCCAACACACGUGUCCAGUGGGUCAGGUAGCAUAGUUUCUACAGAGGUUACUGGAAUGUCUUUACAAUCGACUUUGGUCUGUGGUUGGUCAACCCUUGGUCUUAGAGUUUUCCUGGCAAAAUCUCCCAUAACACAAUCUAAAUUCACUUCUAUGAUGUCACAACACCUGAUGAAGAUCUUCUGUCCACUGUAAAAGGUUGUUUAAAAAUAACACAUGUUUAAUUAUUUCUGGGACUGUGAGAUUUUAUUAGUUGGAGCAUUGUGGCCCAGUGGAUUAGUCUUCUGACUUUGAAACAGAGGGUCAUGGGUUCGAAUCCCAGCCGUGGUGUUAUUUCCUUCAGCAAUAAAUUUAUCCACUUUGUGCUGCACUCAACCCAGGUGAAGUGAAUGGGUACCUGGCAGGAUUAAUUCUUUGAAUGCAUGAGCGCUGAAAGGCAGUUCGAGCAAAAGCCGGGGUAAUGAUAAUAAUAACAACGUGCCUCGGAAUAGAAUAUUUUCUAGAUAGAUGGCACUAUAUAAAUGCCUAUUAUUUUUCUUAUUUGUUAAGGAAAAGUUAUUGAGUUAUAUCUGCAGCCAACAGAGUCUUUAGUGGCCUUCAGGUUUGUUCCCAUCUUUAGGUCAAUUUAAUCUUCCUACCACAUGAAUCUCAUAUGAGUUGCAUGAUAAAUGAGGAUGAUGUCUUUAAUAGACUUCAUCACUUAUGGUGUCCAUUUCAUAAAGAAUUGCUAUGCAAGGUUUCAGAAGAUUAUUACAGAAUGAUUUCCUGUGACUUCAUGUUGAUGACACCUGUGACAUUAGACCUGUGAAGCUAUGGUAAUAUGACUGGACAGCCAAUCAGAAUAAAGUGGUAUUAAAAAUAAUGGUUAAGUUACCAUACUGUACUUGUCUUUAUGAAACAUGUCUGUAAUUCGCAAUUUCAAUUUUGGGGUAAUAUUCCAUUGUUGAUAAUGCAAAAGACACCAGCAAAGCAUAAAAAUAAAAAAAGAAGGAAUGUAUGGAUCAAUAUAUUUAUAAAGCCAAAAAUGUCAAAUAUUGAAUGCAAUCUCAAAUCUGAAUGCAGUCGUAUGAAAUAAUAUGCGGGGUAAGCCAACUUGCAGAAAUUUAAAUUUCAAUGCCAAGUUGACUUUUCAAUUUUUCCAACAAUAUUUGCUUACAUUGUGAUGUGUAAUUGCGGAUUUCGAACCUAUAUGAUCUAUCGAUGGAACUAUUUCUUCAAAAUUGUUUAUAAAUAUUUUCUGCACUUUUUCAUUUUUUUUUCUGUUCCUACAGAAAACUUUCAUCAGUUGGGGAUGAUAAAUCAGAUAACUUUUAAGCUUCAACCAACGUUAAUGAUUAUUCGGGGCGAGCUUUUGUCCACUCCUGUGGACUUUCUCAAGCCAAUUGAUCAGUGACAAAGUUUGCUGCCUGUGGAGGUCUGUACUUCCGUGUUUCUUGAUCAAUGGACCAAAGAUUUGAUACAAUGUAUAUCCAGAGUCUCUAUUCAUCAGUACUGGAUUAAUCCUUUUCAUCCACAGUGAUUCCUUCACCUUUCUUUUCCAGAAGUUACUUUCAAAGUCAAUUGCUUAGGCAUCAUACCAUCCAAUGUUAUGACGUGUAUUGAGGGCGUGUUCUACUACAGUUGAAUGGGAUCGAUUGUUCAGUCUGAGGGCUCUUUUAUGUUCCUUUAUUGUUAUGUUGGAGAAACAGGCAUAACUCUGAUUGAAUGAAUUUAGGAACAUAAAAGAGUCCUCAGAUUGAACAAACCAUCCCAUUCAACUAGAGCAGAACACUGCCUCAAUACACGUCAUAACAUUGGAUAGGAUGAUGCCCAAGUAAUUGACUUUGAAUGUAACUUCUGGAAAAGAAAGGUGAAGAAAUCACUGUGGAUGAAAAGGAUUAAUCCAGUACUGAUGAAUAGAGACUCUGGAUAUACAUUGUCUCCAAUCUUUGGACCAGUGAUCAAGAAAUACAGAGGUACAGACCACCACAGGCACUGAUCAAUUGGCUUGAGAAAGUCCAAAAGAGUGAACGAAAGCUCGCCCAAAAUAAUCAUUAAGGUUGGUUGAAGCUUAAGAAUGAUUUAAUUUUCUGUUCAUGUUUGUUUUGUAAUGCAUUGUCUCUGACUCUCUGUCAUAUAUGUUAUACCUGGUGAUAUGUAAAUUCAUUGUUUCUUGAUGCAAAUAUAUAUUUUUGAAAGAUUUCAGAUUUCAUUCAUGCUUGUCUUUGUCUUCCCCAUCUUCAUAAAAUGAAAUCUUUGUUUCAUUUCAUGUUCUACAUGCAUAUCUACACGUAUGUAUCAGUGAAUAUGUACUAAUUGAUAUAAUUUACUUCAUCUGUGGGUAUUUUUUUUAGUAUUGUGUAGAUUAUAUUGAUCAUAUAUGUAAGUCUUCCAGUCGUCAAUGUUUCAUCUCUGAAUUCUAGUUCUUAUUUCAAUGUAGUGUUCCAUAAAUCAAAGGGAAAUUAAGAAUAUGAGUUCAAUUCCAGUUUUGUAAUUAUUUUGACACUUUAUCAUAUGCUUCUCACUUAAUGUGUUUUCAAAAAUUAUUUUGUUUUAAUUGUACUAUUACAAUUGCAUAUCAAGAUUGUUUACAUUAUUUUUGUUAAAUCAAAUUUCUCAGUCCAUGUGCCUUCAUCAUUUUAUUGAACUCAGUGAUUGCAAAAUAAUAUUCAGUUGAAUGAUGCUGCUCGCGAUUACUCAGGUAGCUGAAAAAAUUAAAACUUUGUAUGGCAAUCUUGUAUGAUUAUCUUGUACAAUCUUGUUAGAUUGUUUGAAAUCAAGUACUUGUUAUGAUUGUGUCAUUGCUUUUCUAAAAAAAGUGUCAAGUGGUUUAUGGAGACUACUUCAAUAAAAUAUAAUGAUAUAUGGUUUGUAAACAUACUGCUAUAUUCCAAUGUUGUAAAAUUCCA